AUGGAAGCGCCCCAGAUCUAUUCGGCCGUCUACUCUGGCGUCGAUGUAUACGAGAUGGAAGUCAAUGGCGUCGCCGUCAUGCGACGUCGCCAUGACAGCUGCUUGAAUGCGACACAGAUCCUCAAGGUCGCCAAUAUCGACAAAGGAAAGCGCACCAAGAUCCUCGAGAAGGAAAUCCAGACAGGCGAGCAUGAGAAGGUCCAGGGUGGAUAUGGCAAAUACCAGGGCACCUGGAUCAAGUUCGAGCGUGGCGUGGAGGUAUGCCGCCAGUACGGUGUGGAGGAGCUCCUUCGACCGCUCCUUACCUACGACAUGGGCCAGGACGGCGGCAUUGCCGGCCAAGGCGACUUCAAUACCCCGACCAAGGAGCAGGCCAUGGCCGCCCAGAGGAAGCGUAUGUACAGCGCCAACAAUGCGGAAGGCCGCACGCACGGGCCGUCGGGCACGUUCUUCAAGAACAUCUCCAGCACAGCGUCAAAUGCCGUCGCUGCUAUCAGCAAGGCGCGUUUCGAUUCGCCGGGCCCCCGUGGUCGCAACGGGCCCUCCCGCCCGCCUGGGCUCAGCCGACAGUCUUCCAUGCAGAACAUGGACGACUUUCCCGGCAACUCCCAGCAGAGUUUUACGUCGGAUUUCGGUCACAACGACUCCGCCUAUUCAACACAGAACACACAGAUCUUUGGCGACGAGCCUGCGAGGAAACGGCAGCGUGUCUUCACUCCCGCUGAUAGCUUCGGCGGUUACAACUCACAGUCGAUGGAGAUGUACGCAAACGAGUUUCCCGGGUCUCCGACAGAGCCAAACGCGUCCUUCAUGUACUCGCAGGUCGCAAUGGACAACCAGAACGACUCAAUGCCUCUCGUGCCGCUACCCUUCGACCUCUCGCCGGAGGCAGAGCGCAAACGCAACCAACUGAUGAGCCUUUUCCUUGAUAACAACGGGAAUCAGCCGUACCACGAGAUCCUGCAAGCCAUGAGCCCCCUAGACCUGGACUCGCCGAUCGACGCCUCCAGUCACACAGCACUGCACUGGGCUGCUACCCUGGCCCGCAUACCUCUUCUGAAGGCCCUCAUUGCGUCCGGUGCUAAUCCAUACCGAGUCAACUCAUCGGGCGAGACCGCGCUCAUGCGGGCAUCCGCUGUCACGAACAAUUCAGACCAGGUCUCUUUCCCCGAGCUCCUCGAUGUUCUUGGCAGCACGAUCGACAUCCGCGACAACAGGGGCCGGACUGUGCUUCAUCAUAUCGCUGUCACGAGUGCUGUCAAGGGCCGCAGUCACUCAAGCAGAUACUAUCUGGAGAGCCUGCUAGAGUGGGUAGUGCGCCAGGGAGGCGUGGCCAGCAGUCAGGAGGGCAGCAGUCCCAAGAUGGGAAUCGGUCGCUUCAUGAGCGAGAUUGUCAACGCGCAGGACAAGUCGGGAGACACCGCGCUCAACAUUGCUGCGAGGAUAGGCAAUCGAAGCAUCGUUGCGCAGCUCAUCGAGAUUGAGGCUGAUCCAACAAUUGCAAACAAGGCAGGCCUGCGACCAGUCGACUUUGGUGUCGGUACUGAUGCCGGCACCACCGAGCUGAACGGUGAUAUCACGCCGACAGCAGCCGAAAAGACGGCGCCUGCUGGCAGCACGCACAAGAGCCGCGAAAGCGGAGACGAGAUCAUCUCAUCUAUUACACAUCUCCUAAACGAGACGACGUCAGGCUUUCAGGCUGAGCUUAAGAAGAAGCAAAAAGACCUGGACGCGCUACAUGCCUCGCUGCGGACGACCUCGACAGAAAUGGGCGAGUCCAGACGGACGUUGGAAACAUUACAAGCGCGAUCGAAGGCACAGUCUCUGGGACGCCAGAAGACGAUGAACUUGAGCCGGGGCCUCGAGGAAGAGCAGAAGCGAUUAUCACGGUUAGAACAGAAUCUACCAGGCCUCAACACCGGUAAUGAGUGGGAAGUCAAGGUCACUUCUGCUCUCGACGAGAUUGCGAAGGGGGCUGAUGCGACCACCGUGAGCGGCUCCUUGCCUGCUGCAGGAGUCCUCCGUGCUCGCGUCCAGGCGCUCAAGCACCGCAAUGAGGCCACCAAGAAGAGCGUGACGCAGCUGCGCGCGAGGAGCAAGGAUGUCGAGAUGAAGUACAAGCAGCUCGUGGCGCUGUGCACAAGCAUCCAGGAGGCCGACGUGGACGCCGUGGUGGACAGCCUGUUACGGGCAGUCGAGAGCGAAAAGGGCGAUUUGGAGAUUGGUCGCGUGCGGCGGUUCCUGGGUGGCAUCGACGGCGUUGUUGGAUAG